AUGGCAGUAGGAGAGAUUUUCCUUGCUGCGUUCCUCCAAGUGUUGUUUGAAAAACUGAUGUCUCCGGAGUUGCUGAAGUUUGCACGUAGAUACAAGGGACUUCGAGAAAAGAUGGAAAAGUUGGAGAAAACGUUGUCAAGAAUUGAGGACGUGCUUGAUGAUGCGGACCAGAAGCAACAUACUGAGAGGGCAGUGAAACGGUGGCUGGAUGAUCUUAGAGACUUGGCUUACGAUGCGGAGGAUAUACUUGAUGAGUUCGCCACGGAAGCUUUGCUACACGAAUUGAAGGGAGAAAAUCAAGCCAGCACAAGUAAGGUACGCAACCUCAUACCUACUUGUUGUACUGGUUUGACUCCACAUGCUCUUAAGAUCAACAUUAGGCUACAGUCAAAGUUCACUGAAAUUACCAAUCGAUUCAACGAUCUGGUGAUUCAGAAAGAUGAAUUGAGAUUAUUGAAAGCAACUGCCGAUGGGAGGUCAUAUAGGAAAGCAGGGACUAUGGCAUCAACUUCUGUAGUGCCUGAGCCGCAUGUUUAUGGCAGGGACAGUGAUAAAGAGGCUCUAUUUGAACUGUUGCUGAGUGAAAAAUGUAGGAAUGCUCAACUCUCAGUGAUUCCUAUACUCGGUAUGGGGGGUAUAGGAAAGACAACUCUUGCCCAGGAUUUAUUCAAUGAUAAAAAAGUGGAAGGCCUUUUUGAUCUAAAAUCAUGGGCUUGUGUUUCUGAAGAUUUCGAUGCUGAGAGAGUCACAAAAACAAUUUUACAAUCUCUAACCUCUGAGAAUUGUAAUGGCAAAGAUCAAAAUUGGUUGCUAGUCAAACUCAAGGAGAAACUAGAAGGCAAGAAGUUCCUAGUGGUUUUGGAUGAUCUUUGGAAUGAGAAAUACCAUGAUUGGACUAUCCUACGUGCUCCUUUCCUAACAGGGGCUCUGGGAAGUACAAUUGUCAUCACAACUCGCAAUGAGGGAGUUUCAUCAAUGACAGGCACCGUCCCAGCUUACCCUUUGCCUGUGUUAUCAAAUAAUGCUUGUUUGUCUUUAUUUACCCAACAUGCAUUGGGGGCAAGCGAUUUUAGUGCGCAUCCAAACCUUCAAGAUAUUGGCGAGGAAAUGGUUAAAAGGUGUAAAGGCUUGCCUUUGGCGGCAAAAACCCUCGGAGGCCUCCUACGCACUAAACGGGAUCGUGAUGGGUGGAAGGGUGUAUUGGAGAGCAAGAUUUGGAAUAUACUUGAAGAGAAAAAUGAAUUUGUUCCAGCUCUUAUGUUGAGCUAUCACCACCUGCCUUCACAUUUAAAGAGAUGCUUUGCGUAUUGUUCAAUACUUCCCAAGGACUAUGAAUUUGAAAAGCAGCAACUAGUUCUAUUAUGGAUGGGAGAAGGUCUAAUUCAGCAACAAGAAGGGGAUGAGCAAAUGGAAGAUUUGGGUAGCCGGUAUUUUUGCGAUCUAUUAUCAAGGUCCUUUUUCCAACAAUCAAGUACAGAGAAAUCACGAUUUGUGAUGCAUGACCUCAUCAACGAUUUGGCUCAGUGGGUUGCAAAAGAUAUAUGCUUUAGAAUGGAAGAUAGAAUUGAGGGCAUCAACAAAGGACAAAUUUCUAAAAAAGUUCGGCAUUUGUCAUACCUGGGUGACUAUUUUGACGGCCCUAAAAGGUUUGAGGUUUUUUCUGAACUCACGUGUCUACGUACCUUCAUGCCUCUUAUGCUACCUAGGAUGGGGGGCCGUUAUUUGACUCAUGAUGUUCCUCUUAAAUUGCUGUCGAAAUUACUACGUUUAAGAGUGCUCUCUUUGAGUGGGUACUGCAUAGUUGAGCUACCGAAUUCAAUUGGUGAUUUAAAGCAUCUACGAUACCUUGACCUUUCUUACACUAAUAUUAGAGGCUUGCCUGAAUCAACAACCACUCUUCGCAACUUACAUACAUUGAUAUUGGAAGAAUGUCAUUAUCUAAAGGAAUUGCCUUUAAAGUUGGGGAACCUAGUCAGCUUGCGCCACCUCAACAUUCUCAAUGCAAAUAGACUGGAAGGACUGCCUCCUCAAAUAGGUAAAUUAACCUGUCUCCAAACAUUGUCUAAUGUAAUUGUGGGAAAAGGCAAUUGUUUCACGUUAAAAGAGCUAGGUUCUUUGUUGCAUCUUCGAGGGCCACUCAUCAUCUCACAAUUGGAGAAUGUCGUUGAAUCCAGGGAUGCUAAGUCAAUUGAAAAGCUCGAUCUUUCUGCAUUGUGUUUGGAAUGGAGUCGGAACAUUGAUGAGUCAAAAGACAGAACAAGCGAAUUAGAGAUACUUAACAUGCUACAUCCAAACAAGUCUUUGAAAGAGCUAGCUAUUAAGUGCUAUGGUGGUAUAGAAUUUUCAACUUGGUUAAAAGGUAAUUCAUUUCCUAAUAUGUUGCUCCUAAGGAUUGAAAAUUGUAGAAAGUGCACAUCAUUGCCAGCAGUCAGCCAACUACCAUUACUCAAACACCUUUUCAUUAAAGGCAUGGCCGCUGUGAAGAAUGUUGGUCAUGAAUUUAAUGGGGAAGGUUGCUCACAAGCCUUUAGAUCUUUGGAGACUUUGCAUUUCGAGGAUAUGGAAGAAUGGGAGAAUUGGAGCCCUAAUGGAGAGUUCCCGCACCUGCGUGAGCUUUCUAUUAAAAAUUGUCCCAAGCUGUUGGGGACGUUACCAAACCACCUUCCUUCACUACAAAAUAUUGUUAUUGAAAGAUGUGAGCAAUUGGUCGUUCCAAUCUCAAGCUUUCCGGAGCUUUGCAAACUAGAAAUUGAAGAAUUAGAAGGGGUGGUGCGCAAUGGUAAGGUGGACUUCACCUCACUAGACUCUAAGUCUUUAUCAACAAUUUUGAAAUUCAGAUGUCCAAUAGAAGGGUUUAUGAAUGUAGAAGAUUUAACGAUUGACAAUUGUGAGGAGCGAAUGCCUUUUUGGUCAAAUGAUGUUGGAUUACUACAACCCCUCCCCCGUCUUCGUAAUUUGUGGGUUGUGGGAUGUCAAAAACUAGUUUCUUUGGUGGCAGAAGAAGUAAAAGAGCAGCCACAACAGGGUAUGCCAUCCACACGCAGUCCCAUAGAAUCUUUGCCAAAGGCAGUGGUGUACAACAGCAUGUUUCUUGAGCGUAUAGAAAUUUAUGGAUGUGAUUCGCUGACGCACAUUGCAAUAGGCCAGCUACCUCCAACUCUAAAGCGCCUAGUGAUACGUUAUUGCAAUAAUAUGGUGAUUUUGGUGGACGAGGAUGAUACCAACAGCAGCAGUAGCAUCACAUCUCUUCUUGAGUUCUUACUUAUUGACACGUGUCCAUCCUUAAAAUCCUUAAAGACAUCUAGCGAAGAAUUUCCUGCAACACUUAAAGACCUCCGCAUUGGCAAUUGUGAAAUGCUAGAGUCAGUGGCGAAAACGUUCCAUCACAGCUCAUCUCUUGAAGAAAUUUAUAUUUGGGAUUGUGAAAACCUUAAAUCCUUACUCAUGGGCAUACACAGCCUUAGCCAUCUACAACAUAUUCAGAUUUGGAGAUGCUCAACUCUAGUUUCCUUCCCGGACGGAGGGUUGCUUCCUCGCAACCUUAGAAAGCUGUGGAUUCGAGAUUGUAAGAAUAUGCAGGCCCUACCCAACUCCACACACAACAUCACCUCUCUUCAAGAAUUGUGUAUAGAAAAUUGUCCAGGCAUUGUAUCCUUUCCGGACGAAGGUUUUUCCCCCAACUUAACAUCACUUAAAGUCAAAGAUUGCAACAUAACUGAGGCCUUGCUUGAGUGGGGAUUGCACAGACUUACCUCUCUUCAACAUCUUGAAAUUAGUGGUGGAUGUCCGCAUCUGGAAUCCUUUCAAGAAAUGAUGCUGCCUGCCUCUCUAACCACCCUCAUCAUCAUAAACUUCCCGAAUUUGAAAUACUUAUCUUCCAAAGGCCUUCGAUACCUCUCCUCUCUUCAAACUCUGAGAAUUGGUCGGUGCGAAAAGCUGAUGUCCUUUCCAGAUGAUGGUCUGCCUCCCUCACUCUUGGAACUUCGCAUCUUUUUCUGUGAAAAGUUCACAUCCUUUCCAGAGGAUGGUCUGCCUCCCACACUCCAGCAACUUCAUAUUGAAAACUGUCCUCUGUUGAAAGAACGCUGCAAGAAAGAUCAAGGACGAGACUGGAACAGGAUAGCCCACAUUCCUUGCGUUAGCAUUGAUUGUAAGUUCAUCUAUGACCCAGAAGACGAGAAUCAGACCUUGGGUGAAAUGGACCCAUGCUUCUUUUAUUUUGAUUCGUAA